AUGGUCCUCUCAGAGCCACUGCGGCGAUGCCUGGGCGAACUGACCGAGUUGUGCCAGGGUCUGGAGGACGAAAUCAACGCCAUGCGGAAGGAUUUGAAAUUGGCGCAAAAGCAAACGGCCUUCGGCAGCAGUGAUAACUUGUUUGGCGUGGUUCCACAUGUGCCUCCGGAGGGCUCCCUUCCAGUUCUUCCAGAGGUUUCUCUUGACCCACUAGAGCCGAGCAGCCCUAGCCCUGGCAAUCCAGAAAAACCGAGUUCGCCAGCUGCCAAGAUGGUGGUCCGGAACCACUCGGCCUUUGAGAAAAUGCUGCAUAGCCAGACCAAGGGCACUGGAGGCACUGGAGGCAUCAUUGAGAAUUCAGCUGGUAUGCUUGGUGCUGCACGGCUCGGGCAAUUGAAAAAGGCGGACCCCAGGAACUCACCCGAAAAUGCGCCACUGAGAAGCAUCCGGGAAGUGAUGGGCGUCAUUCACGACGUGAAUUGGUUCAAUCGGAACCCGGAGGACACAUGGAUGGCUACCUUUUCCAAGAGCACGUUCUUCAAAUUCCUAUGCACCAUUGCCAUCGUUUGCAAUGCGAUCUACCUGGGUAUUGCUGCAGAUAAGUCAGUGAAAAGUGGCUAUCAGAAGCUUCUUGGCCGGGAGCCUGCAGAACAGGACCGUAUAGCAGAGUACGUUUUUAUCGCGUGGUUCACAGUCGAACUGUUAGUGAACAUGCUGGGACAAGGCUGGGACUUCCUCUUCGGUCCCAACAAAACUUGGAACAUCUUCGACGUUCUUCUCAUUGCCAAUGCGGUUUUGGAGUUGUCAGUGGACGUCGCACAAAAUUUGUCCUUCCUUCGCGUCUUCCGUGUGUUCCGCUUGGUUCGGGUAGUGCGCUUGGUGCGGACUUUGCCAAGCCUGCGCAGUUUGCGGACCAUGCUAUUUUCGAUAAUUUCGUCACUAUCUGCUCUCUUCUGGGCUUUGGUCAUGCUGUUGCUGACGAUGUUCAUGUUUAGCAUAAUUUUCAGCAAUGGCGUGGCAUAUUACUUUGAGUUUGUAGAUCUCAACGUGCCCGCCCAGGUGCAGACUGCUGAGCUGGUCUACGAGUCAUUUGGAGGAAUCUAUGAAACCCUGGUGACCCUUUUCUCGGCCAUCUCUGGUGGAAAUGAUUGGAUGAACUACGGUUCAGUACUGCGUCUGGGGCCUGGAGAGGUGUACUUCGUGAUUUUUGUUUUUUACAUCUUCUUCUGCUUGAUUGGCCUCUUGAACGUGGUAACAGGCAUUUUCGUGGACUCCGCUGUAUGUACCCGAACAGAAGACGAGGUGGUGGAAAGCUAUACCGAGGAGCAACAACGACUUUGCGGGGAAAUGAAGCGGAUCUUCAAAGCUGCUGACAUGGACCGGAAUGGAACCAUCACAUUCGAGGAAUUUUGCGCUCAUGUAGAAGAUCCUUGGGUACAGGCCUUCCUGUCGGGCCUCGACAUCGACAUCACCGAUGCACGGAUUGUGUAUACCUUGUUGGAUGUGGAUGGCAAUGGCGGUUUGACGGUGGAGGAGUUUGUGGAUGGAGCACUCAAGUUGAAAGGUCCUGCCAAGGGCAUUGACAUGCUCGCCAUGAUGUUUGACCUCGUUCGCUACAGCAUAAAGUUUUCAGACUUCUGCCACUUCUUAGAAGUGCAGACGGAACAGAUCAAGGAGUUGGUCCGGCCGGAUCUGCCUGGGUCCUCGGGCGGGGCACGGUACAAGACAGCAGCCCAAGAACUAGACCAACUUGCGCACAUCACCAACCGAAAAGUCAGGGACGUCUCGAUACCGUACUUGGACCCCUUUGAGGGUCUUGCCAGAGAUUUGGACAGAGAAGAGAGUUGUUGA